UACAAUAAAGCGAGAAAAGCUCCAUUUUCAUCAUUCCUUUGCCUUCGUCUUCGUAUAUGUACUGCUACUAAUGCUUCUUCACUCCCAUGGCGGCGAUGCUGAUGGUGUUCCUUUUCUCCUGCAUCAAAUCAUCAUUCUAAGCUUCUCCACAGGAAUUGAUGUAUUCUUCUCUCGAUCUCAUGGGAUUUUGAAUUUAGAUGCUGAGAUUUGAACUCCUGGGUCUUGUUUGUUUCCCUAGAAAAUCGGCGAGAAAUCAGCUCUUUUUCACUCUCCGCUUCUCCAAUUUCUGCUAUUGAAAAAUUUUCGAAUCCUGCAAUCAGAAUCGGGAUAUCUGCGGAGAAAUCGAUGGGGAAAGCUACGGGAAACAGAGAUUGGACUCAGAUCUACGCGAUAUACGGCAUGGAACAAUGGCAGACGCUCGUCUUCCUCCUCUUCCACGCCUUCUUCUUCUCCGUCCUCUCUGUCCUCUUCCUCCUCUACUUCGAUCAGAUAUCCCUCUUCCUCGAUUCCUUCUUCCUCGGCGGUGGAGGUGCGGCGAGACUGGCCGCCGGAUUCACCGGCACCGUCACGGCUCUCUCGGCCGUGUGCCUGCUUUUCGCCGCCGCGAACUUCGUGUACUCCGACGUGCCGCUACACUACGAGAUGGCUCAGAGGAUGCUGGGAUCGGUCGGCGAUUGGUCGACCGUGAAGACGGCUCUCGAUCUCGGCUGCGGCCGCGGUAUCCUUCUCAAUGCGGUGGCGACGCAGCUCAAGAAGACCGGAAGUUCUGGUCGAGUCGUUGGUUUGGAUCGCUCGAAACGCACCACUCUCUCCACUCUCCGCACCGCCAAACUCGAAGGAGUGCAAGAGUACGUGACGUGCCGUUCAGGGGACGUGAGGACACUGCCGUUCGGGGACAACUACUUUGACGUGGUGGUGUCGUCGGUGUUCGUCCAUACGGUCGGGAAGGAACACGGCAAACGGACGGUGGAGGCGGCGGCCGAGCGGAUGAGAGUGCUCGGCGAGAUGGUUCGAGUCCUUAAACCCGGCGGAUUAUGCGUGGUGUGGGACCUCCUCCACGUUCCCGAGUACGUCCGGAGGCUCCACGAGCUCAAGAUGGACGACAUCCGAGUCUCCGAGCGAGUCACCGCGUUCAUGGUCUCUAGCCACAUCGUCUCCUUCCGAAAACCGAGUCAACUCGUCGCCGGUCCCGGCGAGGUCCGGUUGGACUGGAGAUGCUGACGUGGCUUUUUUUUUGGGGGGGUUGUUUUGAUAAUUGUAUGAUGUAAAUGGGAAAAUGGCGUCUGGGGAGGCGAAGCGGAACCAGAUGCUAUGCGUUAUUAUUAUUAUUAUCUUUGCCUUUGUAUGGGUAAAUCUAGGAUGACAUAAAUAUGGCUAAAUUAUGAAAUGUUAUCGUUAUAA